AUGACACGCGGAGCCGGCAGCAUCUUCAAGACUGUCGCUCGCUGGGCGACCGAGUCCCCCCUCGACAAGCUCACCACCGACUUUGGCCGGAUCAAAAGACCGACGACUAUGCCCGGGCUGCCCACCUGUGCCGAAAUCUAUGGCCUCACAGGUGGGCCGAUCAACUUUGAUUCAUCUCGUCUGGUGGAGGAAGGUACUGAGGGCGACCGAAGGCUUGAGUCUGAGGCACGUUGGGUAGCGUCUAUGCUCGGAGUAGAUGGAAAGGUCGUGAGCACGCGGACGGCGUAG